GAUAUAAGAGCACAGCAAUUCAUCCAUCCCUGACUGCCUUUCCAUUACUAGGACAGAACAGAAACUCACGGAAGUGACAGGCAGGAAAAUGACAAUGAAUGGGGAAAUUAUGGGAUGUUGGCAGAAAAAACCAAGCAGCCUGAGGUGGAAGAAUAUAGUGGGAAUCAGGAAGUAAGGAAGCCACGAGAAGGAAACCAAACACAAAAUGCAGGAGGAGACUUACACACUAUCCAGAUCCAACAAGAAACCAAGAAGGAGAAAGGAAAGAAUGAGUCCCCAGUAUGUUCCAAAAAUGUCAGCAGUAAAUUGUGCUGUAAUGUACACCAGAGAAUUCACACUGAGGGGAGAACUCACAUUUGGUCAGAAUGUGGCAAAGCCUUUGAUGAGAGAACACAACUUGAUAGACAUCAGAAAAUCCACACAAGAGAGAAAGCAUUUAUCAGUUUGGUGCAUGGAAAGAUUCUCAGUCAGAAGGCAAACAAUGACUACCAAAGAAUCCACACAGGGGAGAAACUAUAUAAUUGCUCAGACUGUAACAAAGGUUUCAGUAAUAAAUCAGGUUUGCUUCAGCAUCAGAGAAUCCACACAAGAGAAAAUCAAUACAUAUGGAUGGAGCAAGGAGAGAACAAUAAUCAGAGUGCAUGCCUUACUUCACAUCAAUCAAUCAACUCAGGAAUCUCAGACUAUGGUGAGACCAUUCAUGAUUCAUUCCAACCUGCAAGGUAUCAAAUAAAUUCCACAAUAGAGAAAUCAUGUAAAAACCGUCCGAGUGGAAAGAGCCAUAGAUGGAAUGCAGAGCUUACUUCACAUCAAACUGUUCACAGGGGAAACCGACCAUACAACUGCUUGGACUGUGGUCAGAACUUUUGCAAUGCAUCAAACCUUGCUAGACAUCAAAGAAUUCACACGGGGGAGAAACCAUAUAAAUGCUUCGAGUGUGGGAAGAGCUUCGGUCAGAAGACAAACCUUAUUAGACACCAAGGAAUCCACACUGGGGCAAAACCAUAUCAAUGUUCGGAGUGUGGAAAGAGUUUCAGAUGGAAGGUGCAACUUAUUUCACAUCAAACAGUCCACACAGGAGAGAGUCCAUACCAGUGCUUAGACUGUGGUCAGAACUUUAGUAGUUCAUCAAACCUUACUAGGCAUCAAAGAAUCCAUACAGUGGAGAAGCCGUAUAAACACUGGGAGCACGAAACACACUUCAACCAGAGCACAAGUCUUACCUCUCAUGAAAAUGUCCACACAGGAGCAAAGCAAUAUCAUUUGACAGAGUGGGGACAGAGUGUCAAUCCAAGCCAAGAUGCUUGUGCCAUGCUGUGUCCUACCCAGCCCCAGUGCUCAAGCACUCUCUCAUCCAUGGUCAACAAACAUGACAAAGGACAGCAACACCCUUCACUGGAUGCCACUCAGUUUGUGAAGCUUUACUUUGGCGGUCUUCUUAAAAGUAACCCUGCGACCUGAAAUCCUUUCAGUGGAAAUGCUCAGGACUGAAUCCAGAACCUUUUAAGUGUGAAACCCUGAGCUACAGCCACCUCCUUGAUAUAGUUAGAAGUGGUCCUGUUGUGAACCUACUGCCGGUCAAUUUUGUUGAUGUCACUGUGCAUCCUAGUAGUGUGGGGGGGAAAGAGAUAAUACUCUUUCUGUCCACUUAUCCAAACUGUCCUUAAUCAUAUAAAUCUCUAUCAUGCCUCCCCAGUUGCCUUUUCUCUAAGCCCCAAAGCCAAACUCAUCUUUUCCUCAUAAGGAAAUUGCUCCUGGAUCAUUUUAGUUGCUUUUUUCUUUACCUUUGUCCAGCUUUAAGACAACAGCUUGGAUCCCACUUAACAUUUGCACAGGUGGAUUUCCAUUUGUGGAGCAUGACUUCCAUGCUUCCUCUCUGCCACGGUAACCAAAAGUAGUCCCCCCUCCCAUGCUACUCCUGGGGGCUUUGGGAACCACAGAACUACACAAACAGUCAUGAAGCUGCCUAAUAUUGAAUCAGAUCCAUCAGUGUCAGAAUAGUCUAUUCAGACUGUCAGCAGUAGUUUUCCAGGGUCUCAGGAGGCGGCCUUUCACAUCACCUAUCUGACCCUUUUAACUGGAGAUGCCUGGGUUUGAAACUGAGACUUUCUGCAUGCGUAGCUGAUGCUCUACCUGGGAACUGCAGCCCCUCCCCUAAUAGUUCGUGGAAGGAGUCAUAAGUCUACUGUGGAAGAGAGGAAUCAGCAAAAAUCCCCCCUUCUUUCCAUGGAAACAUUAUCACUUUUGAGAGAGUGACCAGAACGGCGCAGAAUAUUCCAAAUGGGGCAGUGCCAUACAAGGGAAUUAUUAUACUGUCUAUUUUAUUUUUAGUCCCUUUUCUAGUCAUCCUUAACACUGAUCUCCUCUUUUUGACUGAUGCUACACAGUGGCAGUGGCCGCCUUAUAAACUUGCGGAAGACUUUGCUUGAAUUGGAAAAGGGUGGUAGAAAAGAAGAGCCAUUUGCCUGAUGGGUCUUUUUAUUUAAAGAACGGUUGCCACUGCUUUAUUUGAUGAUAAAUGGCAUAUAUAUGUUAUCAUAAUGUUAUCUCAAUUUAGCUUGCUUACUUACGUUUGCUGUAACUGCUGUGCGGAGGAACAGAAAAAUUUCUCCCAUUUCCUAAAUCUUUGUCUUACAAAUGUACUUUCUCAAAGAAGAGGUUUUGAAACAAUAAAGGGCUUCUCAGAAGAUGUGUGCCGUGUUUAUCCCAAAUAGAAACGUAUCAUCUAGAGAAUUGGGGG